UAGCGUUGAACAGACGAAGCUUUAUAAACUCGUUGUGUGUUGUUUGGCGGAUUGGUUCCAAAUUCGCGUCUUCGAGAUAAAUUAAAUAAAUAAAUUUAAAUCGUCAUGCCGCCGUAUGGAACUAAAGAUUUUGAAAAUUCUGGAUCUGAAGAUGAGAAAUCUUCAGAAAGUGAUUCUGACAGUAGUGCGGGUAGCGGUUCAGAAAGCAAGUCAGAGGCAGGGUCUGUACGUAGCGGACAAUCAGCAGCUUCUAAAUCUGGAUCAGCAAGCUCCUCUAGAUCUGCCGACAGUCCAGUGCAAGCUCGGAGCAGGAGUCUAAGUGCUGAAAGUGCAUCUGGUAGUGAUGACAAUGGAGAUGGAGAUUUGGUUCUAGACGAAAGAAAGAGCAGAAGUCAAAGCCGAAGCAAAAGUAGAAGCAAAAGCAAAAGCAGAAGUAGAAGCAAGAGUAGAAGCAAGAGUAGAAGCAAGAGUAGAAGCAAGAGUAGAAGCAAGAGUAGAAGCAAGAGUAGAAGCAAGAGUAGAAGCAAGAGUAGAAGCAGGAGUUCAUCCAGCUCCAGUUCUGCUAGUGCAGCCAGCCACCAUUCUGGAGAAGAAAAGGGUGGAAAAGACACAGCACCAUCAUCCCCAGCACAGGAAGAUACCAAAAAGAAGACGAAACGUAUCGUUGAUAGCGAUGCCGAUUCGUCUUCGGACUCUGACGCUGGAGAGAAAGGAAGAACAUCGGCAGUGGCUAGCCCAACGGCCGAAGCUCUUUUCGGGGAAAAUGUAGAUAUGUCCUCAGAGGAUGACGAUGAUGACGAAGGCGCCAAACCCACACAAAAGCUCCCUGAGAAGGCCGGCAGUGAUGCUGACCAGCACAGCAAUGCCGAUCGCAGAUCUCCUGAUGAAAUGGAUCAAGACGACGCUUUUGGUGGUCGUGAUAAUGAAAAGGAGAAGGAACCAGAAGAGCCAGUUCCGGAGACGAGAAUCGAGCACGAGUUGCCUUACAUCCGAGCCGAUGUAGGCAAAGAAUUUCACUUUGUCAAAUUACCCAAUUUCUUAUCGGUUGAACCACGACCGUACGAUCCGGAAACUUACGAAGACGAGCUGGAGGAAGAAGAAACUCUGGACGAGGAAGGUCGAGCCCGUCUCAAACUGAAAGUUGAAAACACAAUUAGAUGGCGAACUGCUUUUGACAAAGACGGAAACGCCUUCAAGCAAAGCAAUGCCCGGAUGGUUAAAUGGUCUGACGGCUCACUUUCGCUCCAUCUUGGUUCUGAAAUUUUCGAUGUUUAUCGUCAACCACUUCAGGGAGAUCACAACCAUCUAUUCAUUCGCCAAGGUACCGGUCUUCAAGGGCAGGCGGUAUUCCGCACCAAGCUGACUUUCCGUCCUCAUUCCACCGAUUCGUUCACCCAUCGAAAGAUGACCAAAUCGCUUGCCGAACGUUCUACAAAGACAUCCGCCAUUAAAAUCAUCGGUGCAGUUGGUGCAGAUCCUGAAGCUAACCGUGGAGAAAAGAUUAAGAAAGAGGAGGAACGUUUACGAGCCUCAGUAAGACGCGAGUCUAAACAGAAGCGUAUCCGUGAACGGACAGCCACCGGCCGUGGUAUGAGUGGUGGAUACUUGGAGCCCGAUCGUGAGGGAUACGAAGAUUCAGAAGACGAAGGUGGAAUCUCCUUGACAGCUAUAAAGAAGCAGUUCAAACGAGGAGGACCUCGAGACGCUUCGCAUCAAAGGCCACCGAUCUAUUCCUCUGAAGAAGAUGCGUCAGAUAUUGAAGAUCGCAAGGCAAAGAAACUUGAGCGUGCCAAAGCACUGCCAGAUGACGAUGACAAUGAAUCCAAUGACGACGCGGGAGGCAGACAUCAUCAUGUUACCGUCACUGUGGGCGCUUGCCUGGAAGCAGUGUCUUCAAAAGGUACGGCUGUAUCGUAUCCUCCUUUACUUUGCAUGUGGUUUUGCAAGGCUACCAGAUGCCUCGUACCCAUGGCCACAUCGCUUGAGCCUAUGCUUUCCAUUCGUGUCGGUAUUCCUGCUACGGCCGUGUAUGUCACAACUCAAGAAGGACUCUGGGGUACACAGGAGGAAACCUUCUUGUUUUACAAGAACGUCGAGGAAAUCCUGCCCGGAAAAGAAACUGUCAUCUCUAAAGAUCAGGAAGAUAAACUGACGGCAGUUUUAGAGAAGAUGAGAGUCUGGUCAGACCCAAAUCAUGUCCCGCUCGUUGUCAGAUGGAAUAAUGGUGUUAUUAAAGCAGUGGCAUUUCUUGACUCAUUACCAGAAGAAGCCAAGAAGCUCCUGAAUUGAACAGUGUUUCAUAUGAAGCUGUAUUUUGUAAAUUAUGGUUUGUCAACUAGGAAUAAAGCUAUAGUAAAAACUUGA